CCUUUCCCCAAGACCACAAACCAUCUAGUUCAAAGACAACAAAGAGCCUGAGGGAGUCUUCUCGUUAGCAAAGAAAAUGCAAUCCUGUGAUCACGCGGUAGAAGGUGACUACAUUGACAUGGACAUAAGCUCCGCUGCAUUUUUGUGCUACAGCAAACCAUCUCCUCCUCGUUCAAGAGAAUUUGAAUUCCAAAUGUCAUUCAAUAAUUUACCAGGGAGAGAAGAAGCUACGAUAACCUCGCCGGCUGACGAGCUCUUCUACAAAGGCAAGCUCCUCCCUCUUCACCUCCCCCCUCGCCUUCAGAUGGUGCAGAAGAUUCUCCAGAGCUCGGCCGACGCUUCGGGAGAGAACCCGAACGCUACCGUCGUUGCAACCAGCACCACGGUCGCCAAGGCCGGCUCUUGCAGUGUCGGGUCAAAGAAAUCCUGGCCCGCAAAGCUCAGAUUGAUCAGGCAGUCUCCUCUUAGUCUCAUCAAGCUCAAGGCAUCAAAAGCUUAUCUUAAAUCUCUGUUUACGUCCAAAUCUGGACGCGCUGACGAGUUCGAUGCGGCUCCCAGGGCAGAAGAGACCAAUGCUAAAACACUCAUGAGGAGCAUCGAGAGGGAGAGGAUGUUGGAAACCUCCUCCUCCUCUUCUUCCUCUUCCUCCUCCUCCUCGUUCUCGAGCGUGAGCUCGGGCAGACUCCACGGGUCACAGGUACUGAAUAGGAGCAGCAGCGUGAAUUCUGAGAUGGAGAGUUCGAUCCAGGGAGCGAUCGCGUACUGCAAGGAAUCUCAGGUGGGUGCAAGGAAGAGCGCCAGCGACGUCGAGUUCUGCUCGGUUUCAGCUUCGAGGAUCGCAGGAGCUUGUGACUUUGCAGGGGUUGAUGAGAGUAUGUAAUUGUUUCAAUUUUUUUGUUUUCUAAUUUUUUUUUUCUUUUUUGUACUAAAUUUUGAGUGUGCCUGGUUUCAGGCUUGGAAGGCCUAUGCUUGAUUCUGUGUUCUCAGUAAAAAAUCUCAGUUCCAAAAAAUAAGAUUUUUUUCA